AUGGUUGGUUUCGAUAUGGCAUCUAAUGCUACCAAAGCGUCCUUGCCAUCGGCUAAAAACUCAGCAAAUUCCAUCCUCAAUCUUGUACAGGGUGAUCCUACUGUGUUUGAGCCCUACUGGAGGGACCAAGGAGACAAGUGUACGUUGGUGAUCUCUGGCGACGAUUUGAUGAGCUAUUAUAGCGAUUACGGAAACAUAUGCUGGUUUCUGCAACCGCAACUGGCUGAGGCAAUCAGAAACAUUCAUCGUGACGUAGGCAAUGCAGUAGUAAACGGCCGGCAUAUCGUCAUCGGGACGGGCUCAACACAGCUGUUUCAGGCGGCGCUCUAUGCUCUCUCUUCUCCGGCUGGGCCUGAACCCGUCACUGUGGUGUCUUCCGCACCUUACUACUCGCGAUAUCCGGAGGAGAUUGAGUUCCUGAGCUCAAGGCUAUAUAAAUGGGGCGGCGAUGCAAACACAUUCGACAAGGAUGGGCCUUACAUUGAGGUGGUCAAUUCACCAAACAAUCCUGACGGUGGUAGUAGACACGCCGUGGUGAACCGAAGAGGAGGGAGGCUUAUUCAUGACUUUGCUUAUUAUUGGCCUCACUACGCGCCCAUUACUGCUGCUGCUGAUCAUGAUAUAAUGCUUUUUACGUUAUCGAAAUGCACUGGUCACGCUGGUUCUCGCAUUGGGUGGGCGAUUGUCAAGGAUAUAGAAGUUGCAAAAAAGAUGAUUAAAUUCGUAGAGUUUAACUCUUUAGGUGUAUGUAAAGAUUCCCAGCUUCGAACUGCUAAGAUUCUUGAAACAAUUAGCAAUGAGUUCUCGAAUUUGGGGUCUACGAAAACAGGUAACUUCUUUGAAUAUGGCCAACGCCUCAUGGCCGAACGAUGGAGAAAGCUGCGAGAAGUGAUUAAACGCAGUAAAGUUUUCAGCCUGCCUAAGUACCCAAAAGAGUACUGCAAUUUCUUUGGAGAAUUCAUGGAAUCACAUCCUGCCUUUGCAUGGUUGCAAAGCAAUGGAUCAAUGGAUGCUGAGAUACUCUUAAGAACACAUAAGAUGAUGGUGAAAGGCGGCAAGUGUUUUGGAGUUGAUCCAAAGUAUGCAAGGGUUAGCGUGGUGGGUCGAGAGGAGGAUUUUAACCUUUUCUUGGAAAGGUUAUCGGCUAUCAUAUGAGUUGAGACGGAAUAAUUUUGUAAUGAGUAGAGCUUCUCUUCUGUAAUAAG